AUGGCGUUAGUGAGCGAGAAUGAUGCACCGAGGAAGUUGCUCCUGUCCAUCGUUGUUGUCUUGGUAAUAUCGCCCAUAUCACGUACUAGUUCAGAAGGACCACGAUCAAGGAGUAUCCGUGAGCGGUCUGAGCAAGGAUUUGAAAAGUUUGCAAGCAACAAAGAGGUGCUGAGAUCCAAUCAUUUACAACAGUUUUACAAUUUACUUUCAAAGCCAAAUACAUUAACAAACUUGCGAACGAAAAGGGAAGUUACAUCAGCUAACGAUUUGAAAUCGUUACUUGAAAGACUAAUACAAGAUGCAUUCAACCAUGUAGAGGCUGUAUACCCGGUUGUCUUCAUGGUUCUAAAUGUACAUCCCGGGUCAGUGUGUAUGAUGGCUGUGAAGAUGAUGCAACACCAGAUUUAA